CUUCACAACCACCCCCAGACUCUGUGCAUCUCUUCCUCGUCGCCUCCGUCUCUCUCCUCCCUCCGUCUCUCCUCUGUCUCCUCCUGCGCCGUAUCUCUCUGUCUCUCUCCGCUGUCUCUCCUCCUCUGUGUCUCUCUCCUCCUCUGUGUCUCUCUCCCCUGUCUCUCUCUGUCUCUCUCCUCUGUCUCUCUCCUCUGUCUCUCUCCGCCGUCUCUCUCCCCUGUCUCUCUCCGCCGUCUCUCUCUCCUCCGUCUCUCUCCUCUGUCUCUCCCCUGUCUCUCCUCUGUCUCUCUCCCCUGUCUCUCUCCCCUGUCUCUCUCCUCUGUCUCUCUCCGCCGUCUCUCUCCGCGGGCCGCGAGCGACGCGCGGCCUCGCCAUGGCCGACGAGAGCACGGAGCCCGGCGCUGGCGAGGCGGCGGCCGAAGUGGCGGCGACUCCGACUCCGCCUCUGCCGGGCGCGAGGAAGAAAGUGGACGUGCUGCUGAAGGCGGUGGGCGACGCUCCCAUCAUGAAGCAGAAGAAGUGGUCCGUGGAGACGGGGAAGACUGUCGCCUGGAUCAUCCAGUUCGUGCGCAAGUACAUCAAGUGUGACGCCGCCGACUCGCUGUUUCUCUACGUGAAUCAGUCGUUUGCUCCGGCUCCAGACCAAGAUGUGGGAACUCUGUUUGAGUGUUUCGGCAGCGACGGAAAGUUGGUUCUACACUACUGCAAGACGCAAGCGUGGGGUUAACCAACUCUACUUCUUCUUCGUCCGGAUCUCCUCCUCCUGCAGAUCAACCGGUCUCAACACCCCCCCCCCCCCCCACCUCGGCUCCAUCCUCUUGAGAAGUCGUCCUGAUGGGCGUAGUAGCCACUUCAGAUAUCGUCGCUGUGGGUUUUAGAACGGGGUAUGUAUAUUGAACUUUUUUCACGCCGUACGGAGCCAACCUCACGAAUCGGAGGUGCGGGGGGGGAGGACAACAAACUAAACACAAAAAACUGUUUUAAAGAAAUCAGUUUUCAAUCUCGACUAGUUAAACGUGCGUGGCUCGCAGUGGCUUCCUAAUAUCGACAGGAGCGUUCCAGACGGCCGCACAAGUGCAUCUGAUAGCGUGCGAUGCGGUGACCGUCUUUGUUCGAUGGUAGACCGGAGUUCGCGUGUUGAUGGUUUAUGCUCCUUGACGAGAUCGGCAAGGAGUUGUGGUUAAUUUGUGGUGAGCACUUUGUGUGUAACGAGCGCCACCUUGUACGAGGUUCGCCGCUGAUUGGGCAUCGUCGGUAACACGGAGACUACGCCGCCCGCCGCCUGUGCCGCAGCCUUGGCCGUCUUGAGUUGGGGGACCGCUUUGUGGGAUGUCAGCAGUGGUUGUACUUUGGAAAGACUGGCCUCUACCGUGGGAAUGUGGAAUUUCCAUCGCUGGCUCAGUGCUGCCAAUGGGGCAGGGAGACGCAUAGAAACACACAGCCACAGGUAAUUGCAGCUGCUUUGUCAAUCACCGCUGGAUGAAUACCUUCCCACAUCAGCCACACAGUUACGAUGGUCUCUGAAGUUUUAGGUGUGCGAGUUUUAUUUGUGUGUCGUGUAGCGGUCAGCGCUACGCCGCACUAUGAACACGGCGACCCGAGUUUGAUUCCCGCUCACGGCCAACUCCAGUGACGAUCAUCUGAACCGGUCCUGGGCCUCCCCUAGGUCGACUCUGCCUCAAAUAAGUAUCUGGUGUGGUGUGUAAACAUUGCGACUGGGGAGACAAAGGCGGCCGGGCGUAGUUCUGGCCACCCACCCUCUCGUGCGCCGUGCCGGCCUUCGUAGGUUCUGCUAUUAGCUAACAGCACUUUCCCCAACAGCCUGUUAAGGCUAUUCGGGGCAUCUCUGUCUUUGUGUGUGUAUAUAUUGUAAUUGAUAUAGUCAUCACAUUGACUUAAGAAUAGUACGUGGGCUUGGGAAGGACUCAACUAAAAUAAAGCCCACGAGCACAACGAAGUGGCUUUUGUGGCAAUUUAUAGCAGGAUCCAAAUACUCUAAAUGCACAUUGAUUCUAAAUGUGGAGGGGAAAGUCGGGGGACCCAGAGAAAAAAUUACGUGACCAUGAAGAGAGAGAGGGACACACGCAAACUGACGACCUCCUGUAUACCAGGCGAGGUAGUUAACAUCUCCUAGCCACAGCGGGGUCACGUGAUUGGACGUGACGAUAACCGCCGGUCGUGGCUAGAGAUGGAGCGGCAGCCAAAGGGGAGAACAACAACCGGCAGGGCAACCACCACGGAGAUGGAACGGUGAAAUCUGCUCAUCGCGAGGCCACGAAGUUUAUGGCAACGAAUUUGGGAGGCCUUCAUCCGCCAGUGGAUAGAGCUUGGCUGAUGAUCAAGGUGUACUGUAUAUAUAUUUAUUUUAGUUUCACGCCUCUCCAUGGAGGUAGUAUAAUUUCUGUCGAUUGAAACGGUCACCGGAUGGAAUGUGUCGGUGGACCUUUUAAUGGUGUUCCCUCUUAUUGGUGCUCAUCAGCAUGACUGGGCCACUGUCGUUGUGGAUCUGGGCUUGAGUGAGGUUCACUUCAAUUAUAAGUCAUCAGCAGGGCAUGGCCACUGCAUGCAAAUGCCUUGACUCAAAUGAGCAAAGGGGCGGCACUCACCUCUGUUGACUAUAAUCCAGCGAUGGAAAUUCCUUGUUACCAUGGCGAGGGCCAGUAUGUUCGUAAGAUGACCAUGGGUGUUGGCUUCACACGUGGAGGGGAGGCCGGGUGGCUUGGAGGUCGGAGAAGCUGAGUUCCUGGGUUCCAGUCCGGGUUUCGGUCGUCUUGUGAUUACACCGGGUUGUCAAUCGUAGUGGGGCUGAUGGUCUCGGCCGGGUCGGCAGUAGCUUGCACCAAGGUCCAUGUAUUCACCUGUGGGGCUUGAGACUCGCACAGAGAUGCGAUGACUCGCAUAGGCUUGGUUCUGAUGAAACUGGGUUCUCGAGUGCAUUAAGUUGAUGUUCUCAGCCCCGGUCACCAACGGCUGCACACACAAAAACCCCGAUCGCAUCACGUUUUAUUCUGCACUGAAUUUGGCUAAAGUCCAAUUCUGAGAAUUAAAAUAUUAAGUUUGACCGCCACGCGACGUCGAUCACUCUCAUGUAGCGGAGCGAGCGGGAAAGUGCCGCUCGCCACUGUGUAUGGACCCGAGUUCCACUUGUGGAAGAAUCAGAAAGGGAUCUUGGCAGCUCUGUGAUAUCCACUUCCGCGGGCCGUUGUUUAACAUUGCGAAGGGUUGGUUGGCACUGCUCUUGCCAUAUUUUCCGAACGCAUUCUUCAUCCCGUGAUGAUGCGACGCCCGUCUGGUAAGAAAAUAUAAUUUUGUUUAAAUGUGAAUACGAUUGCAGGCCGGGUCCCCCGCUUUUCCGACGCCACAAUGGGUUCCUGGAAACUCCGUCCGUCGUAAACCGGACUCCUCUAUUCGCAGCGGCGGUAGAAGCAGUCGACACGUCACUUGCCGAUGUCGUUUUAUUCCUUCUCUCGGCCCUAUUCAACCGGCUUUUAUCGGCAACAAUCCACAAAAGCACUCGAGAAUAACAAAAGGCUCCGCGCCAAGUCGCAUCGGAAACCAGACUGACUCUGUUCGAAGGUUGUUCGGAGUCGUGUCAGAAGGUGCAUCGUUAAUCCAGUUUCUUCGUGGUAAAUCGAUCUGUGGUGGUCGUAUCUAACCGUGGUAAACGGGAGACCGCCUGCACGUCACUCGGUUCUCAGUUUAGUCUUCCCGGAGUGAUGGUGGCGGUGAUUGCGGUUACCCCGAGGGUGACGUCGACGGUGCCGAUGGUGCCGAUGGUGCUCCUUGUCCGUGCUGAUAUCGGUUUUUCCAUUCCUGGGGGUCAUCAGCGACGCAGCCACAAACUUAGUGACAUUUGCUUGUCGCGGGGUUGUUGAGGUAUUACGGAAGGAGAAAAAGUAUGCAUUAUUAUUAAUAUUAUUGUAAAAAAAGAACGCUUAUAAAGACACUGGCUUGUAAAUACAAUUUGCGUUUCAAUUAUGUGCCAAGGUGCGUGAUUUGUUUUUAAUCGCGUACGAGUCUUUUUCAUCAUCCCAAGGAGCGUCCGUGCGGCCCAGCGAGCUGGGUUGUGGCUCUGCGUCCUUGCCGUGCGCGCAGAAACGCACCUGGGAGUCGCACGUUGAGCCGCGCCCGGCUGAAGGAGUUUGGACGAAUCCACCUGUUGCCACCGCCAAACCGCAGUGUGGAAUUUGUGUGAUUCUCCCCCUGUUC